AUUUGACUCCGUGGCUAGAGAAAAUUCGCAGUCGCUUUCUUCCUUGCUUGCUGGCUUUAGCUUUUUGCUGCAGGUUGCUCCAUCUCGCCAUCUGUGUGCGUUGUGUUGUGAUUGGAACCAACUGAAUAUAAUCUUCAGAAGCCAAAGAAGAUCUGAGCUUGCUGUUGAGGCUAGCAAUUACCAUGGAGCUCGCCAUUGCCACCGCCAGCAGCAGCUUGGUCACCGGCUUGAGGUGCAGGACGACAGGCUCUGCUGCCGUCGCAUGGCCAGGGAGGACUUCCACGGCCAGGCUAUGCAGGAGGAGGGCGAUGCCAUCCAAGCGUGGAGCCAGGCUGAUGGUCUCUGCAGCAGGUUGCAAGACAUGCAAAGGAAAGGGUGCAGUAGAGUGCCCAGGGUGCAAGGGGACCGGCAAGAACAAGAAGAACGGCAACAUUUUCGAGAGAUGGAAGUGUUUCGAGUGCCAAGGAUUUGGGCUCAAGAGCUGCCCCAGCUGCGGCAAAGGAGGCCUCACACCCGAGCAGAGGGGGGAGAGAUGAGUGAGAUGUUGAAAAUGCGAGCAUUCAGAAUUUCAGAUUCAGCCUUGCACAUUCAGACAGUGAAUGCUCUUCCCUACAGCCACUUACUAUAAAAUCUGGCCGAGUCUGUAAUCGUUGCCAACUAUUGUGGUAGCUGUGUGUCAGGCUGUGCCAUUGUUAGCCAGGUCAGAUGAUGGUGAACAGAUAUAAACUUGCUUGAAAUACUGUAUAUAUGGAAUGCAGUGCUGUUACAUCUU